AUGUACAUGGAAUCUGACCCAGACCAAGAGUUUCGGCUGGAUUGUGACGAUGAAGAAGACAAUUGCAGUGUGUUCUCUGUCGGGCGCUUUCAUCCUGGAUCAAAUUCUAACCGAAGAUUGCCCGAAGCUGAGGCAGACCAGUGUGAAGAUGAUGAUGAUUGCAAUGGUGACUUUACCUGCGUUACCGUCAAUAUUGAGAAACAUUGUACAUGUAAUGAAGACACAGAUUGCGAUUACCUUCUUGAGAGUGGUGGUUCCCACUAUGGUUUCCGAAGCUACACGAAUGUUGAUGCUCAAUGUCCAACUUCCACUGUGUGCAGAGUUUACUGGGACUGCUUCUCCGCCUCCAUGACAACCAUGACACCAGAUGGUCCCAAGAGAAUGGAUGAGCUCAAGAUCAAUGACCUGGUGUUGACUUCCUCUGGCAAGUUCCAAAAGGUAUAUGCUUGGCUCCACAGGACACCUGAGAAGGUUGCUGCAAGCCAAGCCAGAGAGUCAGAGUACCUCCAGAUUGUCAUAGACACUGGUAACAAGAUUGAGAUUACCCCCAAGCACAUGAUCUACAUCAAUGACCAGCAGUAUCCUGUGGAGGCUGGCCAUGUUAAGGUUGGGGACUACUUGUCCCUUAUGGAGCCUGGUCAUGCCGCCAAAGCAUUCACCCACUUGAUCACCUCUCCCCUGAGGUUGCUCUGUAUCCAUGUCAACAGUGCCUUCUGUGAGGUGGAUAUGGAUGAGGAAGCAUUCUUGCCUUUCUCCAAGGGAGUUGACAAGCUCUAUGUUGCCUCUGCAAAUGCUGGUGUUGUGGAUACUGUGUUGAUGUUGACAGGUUUUGUAGGAAUGCUGGCCCAUGGAAUUGAGCUGUUCUUCAAGCUGUUUGGCCUUCCCUUGAUGGCCUCUGGAUGUGUUCUUGCCCUUAUCAGUGUUGUGACACCCUUCAACUUCAACAUGAAGAUUGUGAGCAAGGCCAAGAAGGUUGACUAA